GCAUAAGACGUCUGGUGUCGUCUUCUAAGUUUCGCAUGAAAAGUGGAAUGUUUAAUCUAUAGCUAGAACCCGUAAUGCUUUGAAAUUUUUAUGAUCAACGGAGCCCUUUGAAAGUCUUAAGCCGAUUUCUGAUCUUGGUAUUGACUGAUAAAGCGUGUUUUAAAGAUGCCGCGAAUUCGCACGGCACAUAAGUUCAGCGAGAGGCACCGAACUGGUGAUGUCUUGGCCGAUGAACAAGUGGAUUUCAAGUCUCUUCUUCUUUCUCCUGAUGUCUUGAAGGGACUGAGUUCCUCUGGAUUCGAACGACCCUCUCCGAUACAGUUAAAAGCCAUUCCAUUAGGAAGAUGUGGCUUGGAUUUGAUAGCUCAAGCCAAGUCUGGAACUGGCAAGACCUGUGUGUUUAGUGUCAUUGCCUUGGAAAGUGUUCAGCUUGACAGCAGCAAAACCCAGGUGCUAAUCUUGGCCCCAACAAGAGAGAUUGCUGUGCAGAUCAAGGAUGUCAUCACUGCUAUUGGCUCAGAGAUGAAGAACUUAGUUUGCCAUGUGUUCAUUGGUGGACUGCCAGUUGAUGAGGACAAGAAAGCUCUUCGCAAAUCAUGCCAUAUUGCUGUUGGUACUCCUGGGAGAGUUAAAUACCUGAUUGAAAACCAUCUUCUCAAGACUGAGUCUGUACGACUCUUUAUUCUUGAUGAGGCAGACAAACUUCUGGAGGACAAUUUUCAGGAGCAAAUAAACUGGGUAUUUUCGUCUUUGCCAUCAAACAAGCAAAUGAUGGCAUUUUCUGCAACCUACCCAGAAUACCUUGCGAAACACUUGACAAGAUACAUGAGGGAACCAACAUUUGUGCGACUUAAUGCAAGUGAUCCCACCCUUCAGGGAAUCCAACAGUUUUAUCAGAUGGUGCCCUUUCAUCCACUGCCACACAAAACAUUUCAAGAAAAGGUCACUAGGCUUUUAAAGCUACUUUCAAGCCUACCAUUUCAACAAUGUCUUGUCUUUUCAAACUACCAGAUAAGAGCUCAAAGCCUCUGUGAUACUCUUCGUCAAAAUGGAUGGCCCUCUGUCUUUAUUGCAGGAAGUCAAACCCAGAUACAGCGAUUGAAAGCCAUGGAGAGGCUAAAACAGUUUAAAUGCAGAGUGCUUAUUUCAACUGACCUGACUUCUCGUGGAAUAGAUUGUGAGAAUGUCAAUGUUGUGGUGAACAUGGAUGUCCCACGUGAUUCUGAGACAUAUCUCCACCGAAUUGGACGAGCUGGCAGAUUUGGUACACAUGGUAUUGCUGUGACCUUUGUAGCCACUGGGGAUGAGGAAAAGUUGUUCAGGAGAAUAGAAGAGAAUAUUGGUACUGCAACUGAAGCUUUGCCAGAUGUCAUUCCUCCAUCCAUUAGCAGUGCAUUCAAUGGCAACACUGAAUUAGAUCCUUCAACAACACUUCCCCAAGCAGCAUCUAUUGAAGUUGAUAUAUUGAAAAGUGAUUUCGUGCAAUCUGAAGUGGUGGAGAAUCAAGAGAGUCCACCUGUAAGUCAAAAUGAAGUCUGUGCACCAAGUAAUGAAAAGGUCUUGGAUGAUGUUGAUGAAAAAGUUCCUGUGGAAGAUCUAGACAGUUUGUCUGCAGAGAGCAUGGUUGAAAAGAUAUCUCUGAGAGUUGAUUUUGAGAGCAAAUCAGAUGGGCAAACAAUGGAAAAGUUUCAGACAGACAAUGACAUUGUUUUAUCAAAGGACAGUGAAACAGAGGAGGCAUUGGAUUACAUUCAAGAAAGGUUUCAGAACUCUUUGUUUCUGGGUCAAAACUGCACCAAGAAGAACAUCAGUGGGAAAAAUCAUCAAAGUAUUCAGACUCAAUGCAUUUCAAGUGAGCUCCAAGUGAAUGAGACUGAUGCCAUUGGGGAGGUGAAUUUCCCAGACAUGGGUGAAGUCUCAUGCAAUGAUUUGAAGGAGAAUGUUUCAGAAAUAAAAACUGAUCUCCAGCAAUCAACUCAAUUUAACCCAUCUGAAGAAAGACCGUCUGUUGUUGCAGACACUUCAGCUAAAUUAGAAGUUGGCAAAGACCAUAGUUUGCAUUUGCAGUUAGAAUUUGUCAACAAUAUGAAAGACACACUUAAUAAGGCCAACCAUGAAAGUGGUCUUUACUGCAGCCUACAAGGAAACAAGGAUGGAAUUGUCAGUCAGAGUUCAAUAGAGGGAUCAUCAGAAGACAAAGAUGAAAAUGUAGACCAAGAAGAAGAUGAAGAAAAUUCUAUAGUAACACAAAGUUCAGAUGAGAAUAUAUCUGACAGUUGUAGUGAAAGUGGAGGAAGUUCUAAUAAUCUAAAAUUUGAUGCCUCUGAGGAAGAACAUGGAUUGAAUUUAGUGAGUUCUAUGCCUUCAGUGGAUGAAUUUGAAAAAGACUUUGAAAGAUACCUUGAACAUUUUUCUGGUCAUUCUCAAGAAGACUAUGUCUUUGAUGGCAUUCCUGGACCAAGUAAAUUGUUAGUUGAUGAUAUAAUUGAGGAUGGAAUUGAUUCCAGUGAAGAUUACAACUGGCAUUGCAAGACUACUUUGGCGCAUGCAGGAUCACAGAAUUACAACACUGUUCUUGAAACAUGCUAUCAAAGGCAGCCAAAAGAUGUAGCUAAUAGCUGCUUUUCUCAUUACUGUGGACAGUCUGCUGAACUGCAGAAUCCCACUGCAAAUGACCAGUUUGAUUUUCAAGAAAAUUCAUUUUGGGGACCUUCAGAUUACAGUCAAUGUCAAAAUGAUUUUUGUGAUGAAUGUUUUCAAGGUGCUGAUCAUUUUUACAAUUCUAUUUAUUGUAAUAAUUAUGAUCCACACCAACUAUUGCCUGGCUACUAUUAUCACAAACCACCAUGCACUACUGACACACAAAGAAAAACAGAUUUUGCCACAAAUACUUUGGAUCAAUUUUCACAUAAUACUGGAAGUUAUCAAGAGUAUCAAUGGAAUGCAAGCUGGUAUAAUGCAUAUCAAAGACAAACAAGUUGUAUCAGGCAGUUUGUAUCUUUUAGUAGGUCUGUGAAGUUAUAGUUUAACAUUUAGUACAAUUGACAAAGUUUUUCCACUUUUAAUUAAUAACCUAAUGAUAGUUUACCAUGUCAUUAGAAUGAAAUGUCCCGGACAUUUCCACAAGUGCUCCCUACUUGUAGUUCUAGGUUAAUUUAUGAAAAUAGUUUCUAUAAUCAUGUAUUGUACAAUUAGUUAUUGCAUUAAUCUGGAGACUUCAAAUUUUUGCCUGUUUUUUUUUGUUCUAGUGACUGAACCAAAAAACUAAUUUUGCACACCCAGACAUUAAAGAAAUGAUUUGUCCUGUUUUGUUGGCAAAAUAGCAGAAAACUGCAACCUUAAGUUAAGCUUGUAACAGGCAAAUUUGUCAUUAAUAACCCUUUAACUCCCAAGAUCUGAUUGUUAAUUCUCCCCUCUAGCUGCUACACAUUUCCUUCUAAAUUAGUUAUGAGAACUUGGUGUUAGAUCAAGAUGGCAGCUUCUACCUGAUAAGUUUGACUAUUCUCAUUACCUGUUUGUUGAAGAAUGUAUGGAUAUUAUUGGGAGAAGUUUCAUGUUAAUCACUUCUGGGAGUUAAAGGGUUAACUGAAAAACUAACAAGUUCCUGACUGAUGAUUAUACAUUAUGAAGAGGUAAUCACAGAAUAAUUUUACAAUGUAGAAUUCCAUGUGGAAUAAUAAAUAAAAUAAAAAUACAUUUCAUGAA